ACCCGCCCGCGCAUGCUCCCCUCUCCUGCGUCCGAAACUCGCUCCUGGGAGGCUCCCACAGUGGUGCCUCUGGAGGAGAUGGGAGCCGGCGUGCGCAAGUACGAGGUCUGGUGCAGGCACACACAGCCUCCCAGCGUGUGGUUCUCAUGGGGGAUCCCCAUCCUCAUCGCCCUCUUCACCCUCCUCCUUAUGGUGCUUGUGCUGGUGGCGGCACGGCUGCAGCGGGCCAAGUUCAUUAAGACGCAGGAGCAGGUGGCGGAGGCAGGCAGGCUGAGGAGGAAGGCGGAGGAGGCUGAGGCGUCUAAGAGCAUGUUUGUGGCAUCGAUGUCGCAUGAGCUCAGGACGCCCAUGACGGGGAUCAUUGGAAUGCUUGAUGCUCUAGCGGACAUGGCUCUUGACCCUCCAGAGCAAUCCGACCUCGUCAUGGCACGCGCCUCCGCCAUGGAUGCACUGCACCUGAUCAACCGAGUGCUUGACCUGGCGAAGCUGGAGGCCGGCAAGGCCGUGGUGGACGAGACGGUCGUUGAUGUGCGCGCGUGGCUUCAAGCGGCGUUGGAUUGGCAUGCAGAGGCUGCACAGGCUAAGGGAAUUGGAUUGUGUGGCACGGUGGACGAAGACAUUCCCACUCAUGUCAUUGCUGAUCAGAUGCACCUCUCCAAAGUGCUCAAGGAAAUCGCAGACAACGCUGUCAAGUUCACCGAGCACGGUCACGUGUCGGUGCGGGUGUCCCUGGUGCCGCAAGGGACAAGCUUGCAAGACACCCUUCAAUUCCAGGGCCUUUCCACAACCACCCCACACGCGCCCACUACAGCGCCCACUACUACUACUACUCGGGUCCCCGCCGGAUUUUUCUCAAGACAGGGCAGGGCUCCGUCCCGCUUCUCCUCGCGAUGGGGCUGGCUUCAGGAGGCUAUGUGGGGAUCGGCAGCAGCAGCAGUAGCAGCAGCAGCAGCAGUAGCAGCAGGGGCAGCAGGAGCACAAAGAGCACCCGGCAAUGCAUCAAGCCGAGCACGAGAUAAGAAGGGGCAUGGCAGGAGUCAUUCGGGGCGGAGUGAGGACCAUGGAGUGCUCGUGGUGUCGUGCCAGGACUCGGGCUGUGGCCUCCCAGCGCCUCUCCACAGAGCCGAGGGCAGCGGCGGGGCUUCGUACUUGUCUCUCACGGAACCACGUGAGGAGACACGGAGUGGAUCAGGGGCAUCACUUGGGCUCGUGCUGGUGCAGCAGAUGGUGACUCUAAUGAAGGGAGAGAUAGUCUUCGACUCACAACCUGGCUCUGGGUCCACUGUGGCCUUUUCCGUGCCCGUAUCCACGCCCUUGAUUCAAGAACAUUGGACAGAAGGGGGAGCAGAAGACCAAGAACGGGUGCAAAGUCCAUUGCAGCAGCAGCAGCACCAGCACCAGCAGCAGCAGCACCAGCAGCAGCAAGGAGAGGCGUUGUGGUGCUGUGAGAGCCAAGAGACAGGUUCAGGAGAUUCUCCAGGUGGUUUCAGCAGUGCUCAUGAGCAGGAGACUGGUUCAGGAGAGUUUUCAGGUGCUGGCAGCAGUAUGCAGAAUUUCGGAUCUGGGCCAAGGGAAGAGUGUGGAGAGAAGGCUCAGCAGCACAGCCAGGAGAUUUCUCAGGUGAACCAACAAAACCUGAACCAGCAGCUGCAGCAGCAACAGCAGGUGGAGCGAUCACUAGUGUGGAUGGGGAGGGUGGGCAGUGAGGGAGAGCGCACAGCAGUAGUCAGAGCAGCACGAGAGAGUGAGAGGGGGAGUGUGAGUGCUGGUUUCCCUCGGUCCGUCUCUGUGAGUGCACUCACUGCCACAGCUGCAGCCAGCACACGUGCAGCAGCAGCAGAUGCCCUCACACGGGCAUCGCUCACUGGUCUGCGCAUCCUGGUGGUGGACGACACGCCCGUCAACCUCAUGGUGGCCCGCCGCACGCUUGCUCGCUGGGGCGCUGUUGUAGCAACGGCGAAGAGCGGGGAGGAGGCGGUUGAGAUGGUUGUUGCAGGCUUGUGUGGGUUGGAAAUGGAAGGGGAGGAGGUUGAGUUGGCGGCAGGAAGGAUGCCGGUAAUGGGAGGGGAGGAGGCGGUGGGAAGGGCCGCUGCAGGCGUGGGUGAAGAGGGUGGUGAGGUGAUGGGGAGAAGGGAUGGGAGCGGGACGGGAGGAGAUGGGGUGGGAGAAGGCAGGGGAAGAGGGCGCACAUCAUUGCAGCAUGGGUUCGACUUGGUUCUCAUGGAUCUGCAAAUGCCGGGCAUGGAUGGGUUUGCAGCAGCAGAGGCCAUUCGAGCUUGUGAGAGGAAGCUUGUAAUGGAGAUGGCCCAAAAGGCACACCAGGGGAAGCAGCAGGGGGCCCCUCUUAGCUCACGUGACGCAGGCAGAGGGGUCCUGCAGCCCCGCCACAAGCAGCACUAAGGCAUGGGGACAUGGAGGGCGGAGACGACCUGCCCUGGGGAGGGAGGCAUGCAAAGCACGAGGAGGGCGAAAACGGGAAGCUUCCAAGGCUCCUUUUUAUGAUCUUCACGUCCCUCCCCUAGAAUCUUCAAGCCCCGCUGCUGCUGACUGGCAGCAGCCUCUGAGAGAGGAGCUUUUUGAGAAAUCUCAAAAGCCUCUGAGAGAGGAGCAGCAUACAGGCGGGUGCAGGGACUCUCUACCUCUCUGCGUGCCCAUAGUGGCGCUGACUGCAGACGUGGAUUCCGGAGUGGCGCAGAGGUGUGCAGAGGGGGGGUUUGACGGUGUGCUGCAGAAGCCAGUGGAUGCCCACCUGCUGGCGCGUCGCUGUUGUGGGUGGCGCUGCAGCCGACUGCAACGCAAUGAACUGAGAGAUGAUACUGACACGACUACAGAUUCAGCAGUCGCUGCUGCGGGUGGUGUUGCAGCCGACUGACUCAAAGAACUGACAGAUUCUAUUGACAGGUUGGGUAGGGUUUGAUGGUGUGUUAGCAGCUCUCUCACCUGUAAGCGAAGCAGCGUUCCGGGAGUCACUCACUCGGGCGGUCUUCCAGCAACCAUCAUUCUGCUUUGUCCCUUAUUGCUUUUGGACGAUUCAUACAAUUUCUGAUGAAAUAACGGUUUCUCUUUUAUAGUGUAUUUAUAUACAUGGGCCAG